UGACUCGAUUCAGUUUCAUCUGAGAGAGAUAGAAAAACACGACUUCACCAUCAAAGCGGUUACGAGUCUACGUCCACGUUCUCCGGGGUUUGCCAAGGGAUUUCAAUGUUUGGCCCGUUAUUUUGUUUCCGUGUUGAUUCGGAUCACACAUAUAUGGCGUUUGUGACCGUCUGCGGAGAGUUCUGCCAGGCUCAGCACCUCACCUUUGUGGACAAGUGAAUUUUUAGCCACCUGCGGGACUACGCUACCCAGAAUCCCCCUUGACAGCCUCCACACUGGGUCCAGUCUGUCUCUCCUAUACCCUCUCGGGAUCACGCGUAGUCGACUGCCUCGGCACAUUGAAGCACACUCACCUCACUUCCUUCAACUUUUUCCUCUCUGUAGCCAAUCAGAAACUCUUCUCCUGAAUGGGACGUCUUGCCAACAUGAACCGCCCUGCCGCUGUUGAGAUUUCCUACGACUGCAUGAGAUUUCUCAUCACACACAACCCCACCAACUCCACUCUCAACAAGUUCACUGAGGAGCUCAAGAAGGGUGGGGUAAACACGCUGGUGAGAGUAUGUGAAGCCACCUAUGACAAGGCACCGGUGGAGAAGGAGGGCAUCCAGGUCCUGGACUGGCCCUUUGAUGAUGGAGCUCCACCUCCUACACAGAUUGUAGAUGAUUGGUUAAACUUGCUGAAGACUAAGUUCAGAGAGGAGCCGGGAUGCUGCGUUGCAGUUCACUGUGUUGCGGGGUUGGGCCGAGCACCUGUGCUGGUAGCCUUAGCCUUAAUUGAGUGUGGCAUGAAGUAUGAAGAUGCGGUGCAGUUUAUAAGACAGAAGAGACGUGGAGCCUUCAACUCCAAACAGCUUCUUUACCUCGAAAAAUACAGACCUAAGAUGCGUCUGCGGUUCAAGGACGCCAACGGUCACAACUGCUGUGUCCAGUAGUGCGUCAAUCUAUCGGUCAUACAAAACUAUAGAGGGAAAUUUAACCAGGCUAGAGAGGGGACAAAACGUUGUGGGUUAUAAUUGUGUUGAUUUUAUCAAAUUAAACAUAGUUAAUCGAUCACUGAGAUGUAAUGAAUGAAAGCUGAUCUUUUGGAUUCACCAGCAGUAUCAUUGAGAUGGGUCAAAGCACAUAGAUAAGCCCACAACAUGUGUAUGCAGUGAUGGGCAAGAAUAUACACAAGUUCCCUGAGAUUUCCCAAAUUUUCAAUCAUGGGAUGAACUUUUUUUGCUAUUUUAGAAUGAUGCUUUGAACCAUGAUGAAAUAUUUACAGUUGUAAAAUGCUGCAGCUGUCUCAUUGAUUUUUAUUAUGAAUUUUACUAUCGGGCAUGUUCCUUUUACAGUUUUGUUUUACUUUACACAUACGAUAGCCAAUUUUGUUACAAAAACAACUCUUAAGUAGGCAUAUGCUAUCUUUGCACAAAACAAAGUUUUUAACAAGUUCCUUUUCAGUGCAGCAUUUCCCCCUUGAAAUCACUUUUUUUUUAUUUAGGGUUAGCCUAGGUUUUAAAUAUGUCAGCUGUAUUUAUUCACUAUAAUUAGUGUGUCUUGUCAGGAGUGCGGGUUGGGUUAGACACAUUUUUUCUUUUCAUGGAGCCAUGUUAUUUUCUCUCAUUUUCUUAAUCUCUGGGGAGUGCAAUAUUCAGUCCAUCUUAGAAAAGCCCUCACCCUUAGGACCGUCCAACAUCCACGUUCGAAUACAGUAGAUCCAGUCAGUGUUUGGAAUAGAGGAGGAUACUUGGCUUGUCUUAGGUACUCGCUUUCUAUAGCUGCUCUUUGCUGGCUGAUCAGUAAAAAGCUUUACUGUUGGCUUAGCUGUUGACACCCACACAUGACAUGUGUACACUUUAUCACUCUACUGUUCAGCCCACAGACACUGAAGGAAGUGAGAGGCAGGAGACUGGUCAGCUCUGAGUUUUUUAUCAUUGUGCCCAUUUUGAAAACACCCCUCUUUCUUGGUUUUAAGAUAAAUAAAUGAAUUGAAAUUGA